AUGGGCAGCGAUGAGUUGGUCUACCUACUAUCGCUCGAUGGGGGCGGGAUUAGGGGGAUAUCCGAGCUCAUCAUACUACACGAGAUCAUGAAGCGGCUCCAGAAAAUAGCCGGUCUAACAGAGUUGCCCAAGCCUAAGGACUAUUUCCACUUGAUAGGUGGCACAAGCACUGGCGGAUUGAUUGCCAUCAUGCUUGGCCGCAUGGGCAUGUCAACAAAAGAAGCCAUUGAUUACUAUAUGAAAUUUGCAAAAGACGUCUUCAGUCAAAGAAACCGGAAAAUCAAGCGGACAUACAAAGCGAAAACACUCGAGAAACGCAUACAGGCCAUUGUAGCCGAAAGGAAACUGGUAUCGACCGCAAUGAUCGACGAAGGCAAGGAAAAAGGUCUGGUAUUCGUAUGCUCCGUUACCCAGGACAAAAAGAAAGAGCCCUAUCUCUUUCGAACAUACAAAGGGACGACCAAUCAAGCACACAACGUCGAAAUCUGGGAAGCUGCCAGAGCAACGACAGCGGCGCCGACGUUUUUCAAGCCCAUCUCGAUCAAAGUUGAGGCCGCUUCGAACAUCUACGUUGACGGCGCGCUCGCCGUAAACAAUCCGGCCAAACUUGUUCUCAAAGAAGCGGAGGCCCAGCUGGGCACUAAACGGAAGCUUGGGUUUCUUUUGAGCUUGGGAACAGGCCUCAAGGCCAACGACAAGGCAGUAAAUGUCAGCCCAGAUGCAGAAAGUGCCGCCCAAGGUUCUGUUCAGGAUUCAAAACCGCAAAAGACCUACAGUGGUGCCAUGGUUUCACGCGCUUCUUGGAGUUUGUUAAAAUAUGCCAAGGAGAACUUGACUGAUACCGAACCUACUCAUUACGAACUCAACGAACGAUUUAGUGGUACUCCAAAUGCCUACUUUCGAUUCAACCUAGAUCAAGGCGCUUCGGAUAUUGCAUUGGACGAGUAUGCGAAGAUGGAUCUGCUACGAAUAGCAACAGAGAGAUAUCUCCAGAAACCCGAUGUUUCAGCAGAGAUCGACCAAGUUGUCAGCCUUCUCCACAAUGAGGACGGUGCUCAUAUGGGGUUAGCUUCUACAAUCCGAGCACGAUCCGACGAGUCUGAUAAACAUGCCUUCAACCGAGUCGUCCAAAACAGGACCGACAUCACCAGUGGUCAGUUCACGGGCAGGGAAGAGAUUCUCGACAAGAUGGAAAAAUACUUUUUCGACUGUCCUGCCGGGUCGCCAUCUUCCAGGAGACUCCUAAGGAUUUGGGGCAUGGGUGGCGUCGGCAAGACUCAGAUUGCAGUGAGGUUCAGGGACUUACACGGAUCCCGAUUCAACCACAUAUUUUGGAUUAAUGCCGCCACCAAAGAUUCCAUCUAUGAGAGCUUCAGACAAGUGACAGAGACCGUAAUUGGUGGGGAACAUAGUCGACCAGACAUCAAGGGCGUUCACAAGUGGAUGACACAGAACAGUAAAUGGCUCCUAAUAUUCGACAACAAUGAUUCCGUCGAUGUCAGCAAAUGGAUCCCGCCUGGGAACACGGGGAACAUACUCCUUACAAGCAGGCGCGAGGAUAUGCAACCUAGGCUGAAUGACGAUCAGACAUUUGCGAUUGAUACAAUGAACGAGAAUGAUGCUAUGGAACUGCUUCUUAAGUCCGCACAUCGGAACAAGAAAGACCUUGACGAUACCGACAAGUGGUACGCUUCGCAGAUCAUCGAAGAGCUGGAAUGCCUGCCACUGGCUCUCGAUCAGGCCGGCUCAUACAUCAAUUUACUGGAUUGCCCCUUCAGCGCGUACCACUUCGAGUUCCAACAGAGACGGCAAGAGCUGAUGCAAGACUCAUCGCUGGCCCCCGGUGCGUUCGAGCACAACCCGGCCGUGUACGGAACUUUUGAGCUAUCGUAUGAGGCACUGUUACAUCUGUCCAAAGAUGACAACAGAAAGGGGCGGGCCGCUUUGAACGCACUACGGGUUCUCAACAUCUUCUGCUUCUACCACAACGAAAACCUCACAGAUGAGAUUUUCAGCAGGGCUGCAACGAAUCGAAAACUCGACAAGGACGUGCUUGGCGAUAUGGAAAGCCAGGCACCCCUGGCACUCUUUAACCUCGGAGAUGAUGCAACGUGGAAUUCCAGCAACUACUCAGAGGGUAUUAGUCUACUGAGGAAUUACUCACUGAUUAAGAAGUCUGUAGUCAACGAAAAAUGGCACUCAAUGCACGCACUGGUGCAUUCCUGGGCUCGUGAUCGGAUGCGAAUGGACAUUUUCAGGUUCCAGCAGCAGGCGGCUCGCUCCAUCAUCUUCGACUCGUAUCAUCAAAACUUCAAAUUUGAGGAUGAGAGGUUCCUUGCCCAGAUUUUACCACACAUCAAGGCUUUAGUCGAGCGCCGCGGGUCAGAGGAUAUUGACUGGUUUAAAAAGACUAGACAGGACAGCAAGUAUGCAAGGCUCCUCCGCGAAGUCGGCAUGUGGCGUGAAGCACUUUGGGUUCUCGAACAGGUUGUCGAGGAGAGGCGCGAGAACCUCGAGCCCGAGCACUGGCUGGUUGUCGCCGGUUUAUGGGAUCUUGCCAAUUUGCACAAAACAUGCUGUAAGUUCAGCGACGCUGAACAGGUAUUUCUCGAGUGUAUCGGUUUGGUGGAGAGGUGUUCCAACAAAGAGUGGGCGAAAAAAGCUGUGAAGAGCAUCAGCAUCGACUUCGCCGAGGUCUAUAUCCAGCAGGCGCAACUAGGAACGGCUGAACAGAUUCUCAACAUGGUCAUAGAGCAGGAGGAGGAAAGGGGUGAUCGGAGCCCCCAGUUCCGUCGGGCUGUUGCAGCAUUGGCGAUGACAAUGCAGCUCGCAGGCAGAAAUGAGGAUGCCGAGAAGCUCGAGGUGCGAAUGUUGACGAUGUGCUCUAACGACCCCAACAUUGGGCCGGGCCACCGUAUGACGAUGAGCGCCACUAGCAACAUCGCCGCGCUAAGGUCUGCCAAGGGUGAGCAUGAGUCAGCGGAUGAGAUGUGGCGGCAAGUGCUUGAGGUCGAUGAGCGGUUCAGAGGCAACGAACAUCCAAUCACACUGCAGUCGAAGCGGAACGUGGCCGUUGGAUGCGUGAAGCUGGAACGGCUUGAUGAGGCAGAGAAGAUACUUCGUGAAGUGUUGGAUGCGAGUGACAGGGUGCUGUGGCGGACACAUCUGGACACGCUGGUGACAAUUGAGUGUCUCGCAGGAGUACUGUAUCAGAUGGAUCAGUCGAAAGAGGCGGAAGAGCUUCAGGAAGAGUGCUAUGAGGGCAGGCUCGAUGUUCUUGGAGAAGAACAUCCUCUCACUUUUAAAGCGAAGGGAGACCUCGAGAAAAUAAGGAACGGCCGGGCCUUGGUCGCCGAGGAGCAGGUGCAGGUGCAAUGGCAGGGCGAAGCAUACUCGCAUACUACAGACAGCAAUUAUGCUACGCAGGGCAUGAACGACAGAUACUUGUAUUAG